AUGCGAGUUGAGGGACGAGCUGUGGCACCGGCGGACGGGGAACCGGUGGUGCCUUGUGCCCAAGGUCGCAUCAUCGUGGAGACUGCGAGGCCGGCGCCGCCACAUUUUGCUACUUGCUCCGGCUAUCGCAGGCCGCUUCUCAGCCGCACUUCGAACGAAGUAUCGAUUAGCGAUGGAACGGCACCGUCGUCGAGUGGCACGGAGCAGAGUCAGCAAGAGCAGCAACAACAACAGUCACAGCAGAUCAUUGGCGGUAAAGGCGCCGUCAGCAAGGGUACAGGGACGCCGCAGAGUCCUGCCUCGAGGCCGGAUGAUCUCAGCGUGACACCCUGGUAUCUGGAGGAUUAUCCGACGACCGAUACCUCACCGGGACCGAUGGGCGAUCGGAGCUCGUAUCCCUCGUGCUCGUAUACCGAUGGUAGGGAUAGCAAACCGGAUCUGAACUCGACGAGGAAUAGCAGCAUCGACAGUGAAUUCCCGAGGCCGAUAGUAUCGAUACCGCGGAAGGCUUGUAUGGAUCUAAUGACUGCGAUGGCAUUGUUGGAUGAGACCUGCCCGAACGUGGAACCCAGUCCAUCUCUCACCCCGAGAACGCCCAGAACACCGCUGACACCGUAUGCGACGCGGAGCAAACGGGCCCGUUCUAAGAGCAGUGACAAUUCGUCGAAUUACAGCAACGAUCGGCUGAGUGAUCGCUCGUUCGAGGUCACCAAAGACAAGGAAAAGAAAAGGCCGUUCCUAAGGAAGAUAGGCAUUUCGAAAACUGAGGACCGACCAUUCCUGGCAAAGCUGACACCGAGGAUUCUUGGCAAGCCCUAUCUGGAAAAGAUCGGACCCAGCAAAGCCAUCGAGAGACCGUUCCUCGACAAGAUCGGCUCGUCCAAAACUUUAGACAAAUUCAUCUUCGACACGCCGCGUAACGAACGCAAAAACGAAUUUAGGACGAGGAUGAACGACGCGAUGAAGAAUCACGACGGAAUAAAAAAUAACAUCAGGCACGACAUCGAGCAGAUUGCCAUCAAAGAAGAUGCUGAAAACGCAAUCGAAACACCAGAGGUAACGCCUGUUACUUCCCGUUUAGAAGAAGUACAACACAAAUCUUUAAGUAUUGCAGAGACUCCACAAACGGCGACAACAACCUUCGAAAGAAGACGAUCGGGUAAAGAGUUCCUGCUGAAGAUGUACUCUUUCGAGACGGAAGAUCUAGAGUCCACUGUACCAUCGAAGGAACGAAACACGUUGCACAAUACGUCUUUAGACGAUGUGUUGGAUUCAGGGCCGAGCUCGUUGCCGACGGAUAACAGCGACGAGCGAACGGAGUCACGGCUAGAAUUGGAGAAGCGACCGACCAGCGUGACCGCCGAGUUAUUGAAGUGCCGAGUGACCACAAGCGAGGAGAUAAUAUCCUCCUCUACCACGUGUUUGAAUUCGCCGAGUGAAACUAACAGCUGGAACAACUCGCCGCAACGUGGAAGAGCGCAACGCAUGAAGAAGGAAUCAGCCACUAUGAUUCGCCGUAGAAUCUUUCAGGGUUCUCACGAGAUCAUUCGUAGCGACGACAGCACGCCAAACUCACCCACGAAGAGGCCUAUUUCGAGCGUCUCCCCUGAUCGUGAGAUCGAGUUGAGGAGUAGCACUCUGGAAAGAGGAACUCUUUCCCCGACGAAAACAAGGAAAUCGAUCAUUGAGGACAUCAGGACGGUCGAGAAUACGCGUAGGUCAAUCAAGUACAAUCAGUUUGAAAGACGAGGCAUCUCCUCGGACAAUCUCCUGGCGAAAGACGCUCUUUCAUUCGUCACUGCCGCUCGUACUAUGACCGAUAACAUCGGGAGAACACGGGAGAUCUCGUCAGAAGAUUCGCUGGCGACUCAUCGAGAGUACACAAGGGAGACAUUCAAACAAUUACAAGACAAAUUUAAGAUGCAGGAAAUACCUAUGGAGAGUUACGCGGCUUUUAAACGGCGCACUCAAGCCGCUCCGGGAGCAAUAAGUCGACAAGAAAGACUGAACCUUUUACCAGGGGACCUUGACGUAAUCAUAAAGAGCACACCUAAGAAGGAAAAUGUUGCAUCGACUGACACAAUUGUAAGCGAAACUGCCAUGAAUAAGCGAGAUCAGAGUCAAGAAGGUACGGUAAGGUCCAUUCUGAGAAAGCAGGAAGGAAUCGAUCAUCCCGAUCAGGAAUCAGACACAAACGCAUCCAUCAGACGACCGAAGAGGCGGAUCUUUCAUGAACCGUCGCAGGAGACUAUGGAUCUGCUGACGGAAUUGCGCAAGGUGAAAAGCCUGUUAAAGACCCCAUCCUGGGAAAAGGAUCUAGAUCUCGAUCAGAAACCAGUGCGGAUGCCGAAGCGUAUUUUGCUAACAGACAAAGAAUUUUGUCUCUCUGUAGAGCGGGAGAACAGCGUGCGACGUCCGUCGAGGAUGAUUAAUUCGCUGGAGACUACAGAAGAGGGUAAAAUUACAUCAAAUCGGGAAAAUAAAGAGAACAAGGAGAGCAAAACCGAAAAUCAGAAAUCCGGACCAGCUCUGUUUGAGAAGAAGUGUCUGUCAUUGGACUACGCCGACGAAGAGAAGCCUCAGAAGCCGGAAGUCAGAACGAUCUCUUUGGCCUCUACGAGGGAUUUGCCGUCCGAAACCGAGGAGACCGACGAUUAUCCCGACAUGACGUUUAUUUGCGACUCCAAGAGCUGCUCCUCGAGCGUCUUCAACUCUCCGUCCGAGGAGACGAAUAAGAAAGAUCUGGUCGACGAGCCAGUGGAAAAAGAACAACCGAAAAAGCCUAGUCAGAAUCAUUGCGCCGAGGUAGAUAUCGCCAUUCCCAUCGAUCAAAAGAUCAACAGUCCCAAAGGAGAUGUUCAAGGGCGGACUAGCGAUCUCUACGAGAUUAUAUCGCCCCGGUCGACGCCGUUCCGCGUUAAGAAGCGACUCGGCAAAAUCUCCGUCGAAGAGACCGUCAAGCCGGAGAAUUUCACCCUUGGUUCUAAGGUUGACUGCCGAUCGGUCGUUGCUCAGAAACGAACCAAGUGCUUCCCUUUAUAACGCACGUCGAUCUGCCCGUGGGCGAGAUUCUCUGUGGCACUGGGUCGUGUUCGUACCGUAAGAAGACAUGCAGAUAAAGUUGCAUUUCGCCUUAAUCCUUUCGAUACCGUGUUAAACACAAGCGCGUUGUGCCAAGUACGUCAUUUCUAAUAUCUUAUUUAAACAAAAAUAAAAAGAACCAAUUAUCGCGUAUUAAGGCUCUUAAUUAUUCGUUGUCUUUAUUUAAUAUUUGUUUUAAUAUCUCAAGAGCCCAACUCUGAUUAUUCCCUUUUUUAAAGAAAAAUAAUUUGA